AUGAGCGAGUCCUUGUCCGACAAGGUCACGGAGCUGCAGUCGACCGUGAAGUUUCAGCUCAAGAAGGUGCUCUGCUUGGGCACCAGCGUGGGCCACAUGGAUAUGAACGAGGAUCAGCUCCGCCAGAACGUGACCAUGUCGCUGAACUUCUUGGUCUCGCUGCUCAAGAAGAACUGGCAGAACCUGAAAUCGGCUUACAUCAAGUCUACCAUGGGAACACCGCAGCGGAUUUACUAGGUUGGGUUCACGUCAGACGACCUGAUUUUUUUUGGGGGGGAGGAGUUUCUCUGUUUUAUUUCUAUAAUUUGUAGGCAGCUCUUAAACUAGGAGGGAUCUUUUAGUUCCUUCCGCUAAACUCAUAAUCGCUUGUGUUUUCACUGUUUGCAGGCAAAGCCGAAUCUUUUUUAAUUAUUAAUAAUUGUUUUCAUCCUUCAUUGGUUUUCUUUCAACUUGUCAAUGUAAGAGGAUAGAUCACAGCUUUUCUCGGAGAUUUUUACAGCUGACGGGGAAAUCGAAAUCUAAUGGUAA